UGACAGUGAACGUGUUUGGUAAUUGAUGAAAAUGAUACUCCACACCAUUCUAUUAGGACUAACAGUGGUUACUGUGAGGGGUAGAUACGAGAAUGUGAACAUAAAACAGGACUGGUGGGAAACAGCUGUUAUCUAUCAGAUAUAUGUGCGAUCAUUUAUGGACAGUGACGGGGAUGGAGUCGGUGAUAUUAAUGGAAUCACAUCAAAACUGCAAUAUCUAAAGGAUAUAAAUGUAGACGCAAUUCUAUUGUCCCCGAUCUUCAGGUCACCCAUGCAUGAUUUUGGCUAUGACGUCACGGAUUAUUAUUCUCUUCAUUCCGAGUAUGGAUCUCUCGAAGACUUUGAGCAACUUGUGAAAAAGGCUGCUGAAAAAAAUAUGAAGGUGAUAUUAGACUUCGUGCCAAAUCACACAAGUAAUGACAGUGACUGGUUUGUAAAAUCAUCACAUAAGGACGAAUAUUACAAUGAUUGGUACAUUUGGGAGAACGGCCAUCUUGAUGCGCAGGGGCAGAGACAACCGCCUAAUAACUGGAUCAGCGUCUUCAGAAAAAGUGCAUGGACCUACGUUCCGAGCAGGGAUCAAUAUUAUCUGCACCAAUUUGCAGAGGCUCAGCCGGAUUUGAAUUACAGGAAUCCAGUACUGGUUGAAGAAAUUAAAACGAUAAUGAAAUAUUGGCUGGAAAAGGGAGUAGCUGGCAUGCGGAUCAGUUCUGUGAACUAUCUCAUUGAAACAGACAAAGAUCUCUUCGGUGGAAGAUACCCAGAUGAACCUUUGACGGGAAAACCGGGUGUAACUUUAGAGAAUUACAAUUAUUUAGACCAUAUUUACACAAAGGAUCAAGAAGAAACAUAUGACUUGGUCGGUCAAUUCAGAGACGCUUUCGACUCGAUCACUAUUAGGGAUAAUAUGACAAGGAUACUUCUAACAGAAGCAUGUACGGGCAUCAAGAACUCCGUACGUUACUACGGCGAAGGGUCUCACUCCGGGUCCCACAUACCUCUCAACUUCGCCAUCAUGAAGGAUCUGACGAAGGAAUCCGAUGCACGUGACAUCAAGUAUGCAGUGGACAGAUGGCUGACGUACAAGCCGUUGGGCAAGCCGGCUAAUUGGAUGACUGGCAAUCACGAUAAGAGUCGUGUAGGAUCCCGCUUCAGACCUGAACUGGUGGACGCCUUCAACAUGCUUGUGUUGUUGUUACCAGGAAUCGCAAUCACGUAUAUGGGUGAAGAAAUAGGAAUGCUAAAUGGGUUCGUGCCGUGGAGCGAGACGCGGGACCCCCUAGCCUGCAACACCGACGACCCCGUCAACUUCGUGGAGGUGUCCCGCGACCCCGUCAGGACCCCCUUUCAAUGGAGUAGCGGGAAGAACGCUGGUUUUUCUGAAUCCGACAAGACCUGGCUCCCCACAGCGGACGGCUACGAGAACCGCAAUGUAGACCAUGAGCAGGCCGCUGUCAGGUCACACUACCACGUGUACAGGACGCUGGCUGGUCUGCGCAAGCGACCCGCGUUUCGACUGGGCCGACUUGAGUCUCUGGCGCUUAGUUCUGAUGUGUUUGCGUUUAAGAGGUGGUAUAACGACGACGCCUACGUAGUGGUAAUGAAUGUUGGCAGAAGUUACCAGGUGGUCAACUUGACUGCGUUUGAUUUGAUCUUCGGCCAGCUAGAAGUUGAAGUCAGCAGCGUUCUCUCAUCGAGGACUUAUGGGGAUAACGUUCAAGCAAAUUAUCUGGACCUAGCGGCAGAUGAAGCACUGGUCUUGAGGAUGCAGGUGUAAUUGAGUUUAAUAAAUAGUUAUUUGCAGUA